UCCUCGCACCAAACAUUACGCGCCUCUCCUCGUCUCACCGCAUCUCUCUCGCCCACUACACUGCCACCAUGUCCUAUCCCCCCCGCAUGCUCCUCCUCACUCUCUGGGGCACCGAGCAUUUCUGCGCCCUCCCCUUGUCAUACGAUAAAGCCAUCGCCGUCGCCACGGAAAAGUUCAUGGUGCCCAACACGCACGUCGUGCGGCUCCGGUGUCCGGUCCGCGACAUGCCGCCGUACGUUGCGCCGUUCUCGCACACCGGCUGCAUCACCAUCACGGACAACGACUCGUACAUGUACGCGUGUGCGGGCAAGCAUGUGGUGUGUCUUGAAGUCACUAUCCACGAGAAGGCGGGUAAAGGCGGGGCAGGCGGCGGCGGCGGCGGCGGCGCAGGUGCAGUAGCGGGCGGCGGCGGAGGGGAGGGCGGCGACAAGGCCAAGGGAGGCGACAAAGGCAAAGAGAAGAAGGAGGCCGCUCCUGCUAGCAAGACUGUACACCAGCAGCUUAUUGUGGACACGACGGCUGGCAAGACGAUCAAUCUUACCACGAAUGUCACCGGAGACAUGGCCAAGGGCCCACCUCCAGGAAACUACCUCGGCACGCUGACUGUGAACGAUUCGUUCGGCCAAAAGUUCCACGGCAAGCAGCUCGGCCCCCACGAGGUGCUCACGAAGUUCUUUGUGCAAGAAAAGACCACCGCACGCCUCCUCUUCCGUCCCCGCACUGUGCGGCCGCAGAUUGACAUCUUGCACCCAGAGGAGUCAAGCUUGGAAGUUCACCUUUCGCUCAAGAGCUGGAAGGUCACGGCCGCGUAUCCUCUUGUCGACCUGCGGCCAGACGGCGAUCGCACGCGCCUCCGCUGGUUCCUGCGGGUGAAGAAAGGCGGUGUUGUCGAAGACCUGCUGACGGGUGCCGAGGCGCAUGGCUUGUUCACGGAGAUGCUACCGGAAACAGGACCACGUCCCACCAUCACUACGAGCCCCGAAGCCCCUCUGACCCCUGCCUAUCCCGACGUGCGGCCAGCCAACGCGUUUCUUCUCGAGCAAUCCCAGUUCCUGUACCACAUGGACCGCGUCCUCCAGACCCUCGGGCUUCCGCCACCGAGCCGCUCGACGCUCAUCACGUCGUGGCUCCCCGGCGUGACGCACCACAAAUUCAUCGCGUAUCGCAUUUUGAACAAUGCACAGCUCGAGCCUUCGUGGCGCCUGCAGCUCAUCCCGGCGCCGCAAGUCCUCAUGCGCCUCCUCAUCCUCUAUCGCGGUGUGCCCGAGAGCGAGCGCAACGAGUGGCCGGCAGACCGCGUCGUCAGCUCGCCAGAGCAAGGCGUGCCUUGGCGUGAGACCGUGGGCUGGACGCCGCACCUGAACGACGAGUCGCUCUUCCGCGUCAUCGAGUACGGGACCAUGGAGGUGUUCGAUGCCUAG